UUCCGUAUAUUGAACUAGAUGAAUCUUGUAAGGUUUUUAAUCGCUUUUUGUGUUAUUCCAGUGGUUUCAAAGCACUUUUAAAAUGCAUGGAUAACAAAGAUGAAGACGGGAUCUUCCCCUUGAAAACAAAAUGUACCUAGAACAUAUACGUGAAUGCAUUUAUCUGCUGUAAGUACAAUUUGUCUCGCUGUACCAAGUGUUUGACAGCAAGGAGGUUUUUACGAUGGCUGUGCUGUAACACCAGUGUGACUCAGGUUUGGUGCAUUGCCUGGCGAUGCGAUGAUGAUGUGCUGCUCGGAUGGGGUUAGAAAUAGAAGCUCGUUGGGGGACGUUAAAACUUCCACACCUUGACUAAUGACGAUCGCUGGCAAUCACUGAUUAUUUUCAUCUGAUCUGACUUGUGCAUGACGAAAUUCCUGUAAAAUUAGAAUUGUGGCUAUGGAGGAGAGUACUGAGCUGAGGGAAGAGUGGACCUUGCUCCUCUGGACCACGGUUGCUGUUCUGGUCCCAGUGCUCAUCACACUGUGGUGCAGCUUCCAGCGUCCCAAACGCAAAGUUCAGCUGAAAGAUCUGUUCCGAAAGAGCAAACAUGGCUGGCACUACACGGACCUGUUCAACAAGCCCACCUACUGCUGCGUGUGCUCUCAGCCCAUCCUGCAGGGGGCGUUCUGUGACUGCUGCGGCAUAUGUGCGGAUGAGGAGUGCAUACAGAGGGCAGAUCGCAUCCUCUCAUGUAAGGAGAUCAUGACCCAGAGUCAGACAGAUGGGAGGUUUUACCAUCAGUGGGUCAGGGGAAAUGUGCCCCUCGCCAGCUACUGUGCCGAGUGCAAACAGCAAUGCGGGAAUCAACCUAAACUCUGCGACUAUAGGUGUGUAUGGUGUCAGACCACAGUGCAUGAUGACUGCCUUUCUAGUCUGAAUGAUGAUUUGUGUGAUCUUGGAGAGUUCCGCUCUGUUAUCAUACCUCCAUAUUACCUCUAUCAAGUCAACAAACUCCGCCGAAGACACCCUGAUGAGUACAGCAAGCUUGCUGCAGUCUGUGGGAGUGGCUGGACUCCGGUUCUGGUCUUGGCAAACACAAGAAGUGGCAACAACAUGGGGGAAGUUUUGCUGGGAGAAUUUCGUACCCUCCUGAACCCCGUGCAGGUGUUUGAUCUUUCUGAGCUGCCUCCCUCUAAAGCCCUGCAGCUGUGUACUCUUCUGCCCCCAGGCAGCGUGCGUGUUCUGGUGUGUGGGGGAGAUGGCACAGUAGGCUGGGUUCUGGAUGCCAUUGAUACCAUGAAGCUGAAGGGUCAGGAUCAGUUUAUCCCUCUUGUGACUAUCCUGCCGUUGGGCACAGGCAAUGAUUUAUCAAACUCUUUAGGAUGGGGAGCAGGAUAUGCUGGAGAGAUUCCAGUAGAACAGGUGCUCAGGAAUGUUCUAGAGGCUGAGGUAGUCCAAAUGGACAGGUGGAAAGUUCAAGUUGUCUCCAAAGGAAACUAUUUUCGUAAGCCAAAGGUGUUGUCCAUGAAUAAUUAUUUCUCAGUGGGUCCUGAUGCUCUCAUGGCACUGAACUUCCAUGCGCACAGAGAGAAAACGCCCUCCUUUUUCUCCAGCCGAAUCAUCAAUAAGGCAGUGUACUUCUUCUAUGGUACCAAAGAUUGUUUAGUGCAAGAAUGUAAAGAUCUGGAUAAGAGGAUUGAGCUGGAGCUGGAUGGAGAACAAGUGACUUUGCCCAGUCUGGAGGGGAUAAUAGUGUGCAAUAUCGGCUACUGGGGCGGUGGCUGUAGACUGUGGGAGGGAAUGGGAGAUGAACCCUAUCCUCCAACACGUGUUGAUGAUGGUUUAUUAGAGGUGGUGGGAGUUUAUGGCUCAUUCCACUGUGCACAGAUCCAGGUGAAUCUGGCCAAUCCUGUGAGGCUGGGACAGGCACAUACAGUACGGCUGGUGUUGAAGAGUUCUCGGAUGCCAAUGCAGGUGGAUGGAGAGCCGUGGGCGCAAGGUCCAUGCACCAUCACCAUUACCCAUAAGACCCAGGCCCUCAUGCUGUACCACAGUGCAGAACACACAGAUGAUGAUGACUCCAGCGCCUCAGAGGCUGAAGAACCCUCAGCCGAUCACAUUGACACAGCUAGCAACACACAGGAAACUGUGACAGUGUCUUAGUAAGGCUGUAAUCAUUCUGUCUGUGCUAUUUCCACCCCAGAAAGUAGCACAGCAUGAAAGGAAGACACCCUGAUGUCAUAAAUGUAAAUGUACAUAAUGUGCAUGUGCUGCUCUAGUAAUAACAUCUGCAGUGGUUAUUUCUGAGAGUU